CUCUCUGGCCGUUUUCCUGCCCUCUACCAUGAUUGUACUAUUGCAGUAUUGCUGGAUAACAGUGGAUAUGCUUUCCCAUCUGACAAUCUGCAGCGACUUCCAACCUACGACAGCCUGCACCCACCGCGACGGCACACUCCUGGACUGCAGGCCUUCGCUGAGCAAUCGCUCUAAAGCAUCUCAACAAGCAAUAAUAGGCAAUGGACACGAUCGAGCGCUUGCAGGCGCUCGAAGACGAUUUCACGAAGCUGCGCAAACAGCUCAACUGCCACAUCUGCACAGAGCUCAUGUUUGAGCCCAUGGUCUUGACAGAAUGCGGGCAUACAUUUUGCUACGGCUGUUCCUACGACUGGCUCAAGACCCACAAGACGUGUCCUACUUGUCGUGCCAAAGUCAGAACCAAGCCAACGCCUAUCUACCUUAUUCGAGAGCUUGUCGAUGUGUUUGUCAAUCGUAUCGAGCUACAAUCACCACUUGAUGAAGGUGCAGUGCUCAGGCAGCAUCAAGAAGAGCAACGACUUGUAGUGGCCAGUCAUCGAGACGAUUCCUACCCAGGCCUCUUUCCAGAUAUACCAAAACACGGCGGCAGGCUCGUCGACCAUGAAGAUCGCGUUAUGCGCUGCAUCAAUUGUCACUGGGAGAUUGACGGCACCGUCUGUGCUGGCUGUGGCCAAGACUACGGUAGUGGUGACUCUGGCGAAGACUAUACAGACAACGAAUCCCUUGGCUAUGAUGAUGACGCAGAUGCCUUUGCGAAUCUUGAUGAUGAAGAACCAAACGAGUAUGACCACGAAGACUCUUUCAUUGACAAUGGACCUAGUUCCCAGCUUCGCGUUGCAACGCAAGAUGACUCUUUGCUGGAUGACGAUGACGACGAGAGUCAAACAGAAUCCUUUGGCUCGUCCAAUGGGCUUCCGUUCGACGAGGAGGAUGUUUACCCCCUUGAUAUGCCACAUAUCCGGCCAUUUGACCAAAUGCGUGAUCAUGACAGGGACGAUGAGGACAACCCAUAUGACAUGGACCAAGAUCGUCAGAAUGGGGAUGAGGCAGAGAAUGGCGAGUUCCUUGACGAGUUCGAUGGCUUCCCAGAUGAAGUCUCCUCUGAUGGCACUGACGACCGCGAUGGCGGUCAUGAUCACCCUAUUGACAUCGAGUCUGACUAUGGACAGGACGACUUGGACAUGAUGGACGAAGACGACCUCGCACAACUUGAUGCACCAGCGGUCAUUCCUCAAAGACCUCGACGCCGGAUCAUUUGCGACUCGGAUGACGAUGACGACGAAUAGUCACGGUUGACGACAAACAAACACGCGCAAACACUGAUAGCGAUAGCCUUCUCUUCUCUCUAUUGUAUGUAUUUCUUGAGCUUC